AUGACUCUCCCGACCGAUUCUUCGGCUGCCCUCAGCGCUUCUGGUUCCAUCAAAAGACCAGUAGCUGAUGCAAGCAAUUCAGCAACCGCGACACCCACUCGCUUCGCAACACCCCCCCCUCCUUCCGACAGAGGUCUCGUCGAGAACCGCCAAUAUUUGGAAAAUACAAACCAGCGCAAGAUUCAACACAGCAGAAGACCUAGUGAAUCAGCUCGAUCCAGUGCUUUCGACCCCGACGCCGUCGACAGUGCUUUGCUACGUGAGAUGCACCACCGAUCACAGAGGGAAAGCACACCUGGUGCAAGCCCACAUCGGAAGCGCCAGAGAAUCAAUGGCGACAGAUUUAUUCCGACACGAACUGGCCAGGACCUCCAAGCCAGCUUCAACUUGCUACACGAAGAUGGCUCCCCAGCGACACCGUCCAAACAAAAGAAGCGUACUCCUCACGGAGAGCUACACUUUCAGAAGACUGAGGAAGCAAACCGGACAUUCUCGACGUUGCUCCGCGCAGAGCUCUUUGAAGGCUCAAUACCACAGGCAACACCUCCCACUAUGUCUCCUGAGCAUACUUUAUCCACUGCAUCGCACUCUGCCAACAUUCGAGAUUCAACGAGGUCUCGCACCCCGCCAAACAACGCUUCUACCAACUCUCUUCCAUCCUCUCUAACGCCAUCGACUCCCCACAAGAAUCUGUUCUCCUACAUGUCUCCGCGGAAUCUGGGCAAUGCGGGUCAUCUAACGCCGUCAAGGACACCGCAGAGCCGGCAUGGUCCCAAUCUUGACACUCGCUCCGAGAUCUAUAGCCUUUCGCCAGUUCGCUUCAACAGUCAACAGAUGCUGCUUAGCCCGCGGAGGCAACCGAGAGCGGUCAGUAAAGUGCCUUAUAAAGUUCUCGACGCGCCUGAUUUGGCAGAUGAUUUCUACCUCAACUUGGUAGAUUGGGGCAGUGCCAAUGUGCUUGGGGUCGGGCUCGGGUCCAGUGUUUACAUGUGGAAUGCUCAGACAAGUCGCGUCAACAAGCUGUGUACGCUCGAGGACGAUACAGUAACGAGCGUGUCAUGGAUUCAGAAAGGAACCCACAUCGCUAUCGGGACCGGCAAGGGCCUCGUCCAAAUCUGGGACGCUGAAAAGACAAGGCGACUGCGAACAAUGACAGGCCACACGGCACGAGUGGGCUCCCUGGCUUGGAACACUCACAUACUGACAUCUGGCUCUCGCGAUCGCCUGAUCUACCACCGCGACGUGCGGGCCCCCGACCAGUGGCUCCGAAAGCUCGUCGGCCAUAAGCAGGAGGUUUGCGGUCUUAAGUGGAACUGCGAAGACGGCCAGCUUGCCAGCGGUGGCAAUGACAACAAGCUCAUGGUGUGGGAUAAGCUUUCCGAGACACCGCUGUGGAAGUUUUCAGAUCACACGGCAGCUGUCAAGGCCAUUGCAUGGUCACCGCAUCAACGGGGACUGUUGGCUUCGGGUGGAGGUACGGCUGAUCGACGCAUCAUCUUCCACGACACAGUCCGCGGAUCUGUCAUCAACGAGAUCGAUACUGGCAGCCAGGUCUGCAAUAUCGCCUGGUCCAAGAACUCCAAUGAGAUUGUCUCGACGCACGGUUAUAGUCAAAACCAGAUUGUGGUAUGGAAAUACCCUUCCAUGACGCAGGUGGUCAGUCUCACUGGACACACGUAUCGUGUGCUUUACCUGGCUAUGAGCCCGGACGGCAGAACCGUUGUGACCGGCGCCGGAGAUGAGACAUUACGAUUCUGGAACGCAUUUGGACGACGACCUGGGGCGAGAGAGGAUAGUGAUGGAGGGCGACUAUCUGACUGGGGCGUCAUCCGGUAG